CAGUUUCUGCAGUUCAAGGGAGUGGUAGGCAAUCUUAUGUGAAAAAAUUUUACUGAAAAAUAAUUGAAUUUAAUAGAAGCUAUUUUGUUCCAAAAUAUGACGGACCAAUAUUUCUUAACUCAAACAACUGGUUAAGAAACAUACUCUCCAUGGAUCUAAUUUGAACUAAUUCCAAAUAUUAAGAAAAGUCAAUAUUACAUGCUGGUGAAGAAUAUUUCAGUGUAAAUAGCAAUACGACAUAAAUUAAACAUCAAAUCGUCACUUUCAUCUCCUGCGCAAAUUUCAACGGCAGACAGAGUCUUCUUUUGAUCUUCAAGUGGAGCGACGGCACUUCUCUUCUGAGAGACUUCACUUAAAUUAUUUUCUGUGGAAGUUAUUUCUCGUCAUAAAUUAAAAAGUCUUUUAGUCUCAAUUAAAGGAAUGAUAACAUCAGUUAAGCGGCCUGGUCUCUCGAGACUUCGCCUGCACGCACCAAAGAUGAAACCAAAAGGCCUUGUCGUUCCGCUCAUCUUCCUGCAGACGCUGCUGGCAGUGUCCGUCAAAGGAAGCGCAGUGGAUGGCUUGAGCUCCAGUACGAGGCUGCCGGUGCAGGAACUCAGCGAGGCGUUCACAGAAACUUCGUUUGCUGUGGACACGACCCUCGAGCACGUCCUGCCUGCCAUCACGGAUGCUCCUCGAACCGAGAAGACGAACGUUCACAGCAGCGAUGACUUUGUCUACCACAACAUCAUAACCAAUCCCAACGAUGGCGACGUCGUGGCUGGUAAAGAUUACGGAUUUGACUUCCCGACCAACGCUCAGGAUUCUUUUGACUCGCCCGAUUACGUGCUUGGUCAGAACGUCGUUGAUUACGGUAGAGGUUAUGCUUUUGGCGCUGCAGGUGACCCAUGGAACUCUGUGACGAUGGUCGAUGGGAACUUGGAGCCACUCGAAGAGGAAGUUCCCUUCUUUGAUGACAAUUCCCCCACACAAGUGACGGCUGCGGUCGGGGCUCCAGCUCACAUACCUUGCAUGGUGCGCAACCUCGGCUCUAAGUCGCUGUCGUGGAUUAGGCACCGAGAUCUCCACGUCCUAACCGUUGGAUCCUUCACGUUCGCCAACGACCAUCGCUUCUCUGCUCAUCGCGACCAGGCGACAGGAGACUGGGUUUUGGUUCUCCGCAAGCCCGAGCCUGCGGACUCCGGCCUGUACGUGUGUUCCGUGUCGACCAAGCCUGUCAUGACGCAUUCCGUCAAACUCAGCGUUGUUGUUCCAUCAGCGGAGAUGAUAGGAGGCCGCGAGGUGUUCCUGGACCACGGUAGUACCCUGAACCUGACGUGCCUCAUCCACUACUCGCCCUCACCUCCAGAGUUUGUGCUCUGGUACCACAGGGACAAGCUCGUGAACUACGGAGGUCGUGGUGGGCGCGUCGAAGUCGAGACUGUGCACCACGACACGACGACUCGCUCGUCGCUGCUGGUCCGCAAUGCCACUCAGUGGCACUCUGGCCGCUACUCCUGCCAGCCCGCCAACGCACAGCACGUCUCAAUCCUCGUACAUGUUCUCAAGAGCGAGACUCCAGCAGCAAUGCAAACGACGACCAGUACAGCGAGUCCCUCCCUUGCCACUGGCUCCUGCCUUGUGGCAGUGGCAUUGGCUUACAUCUUUGCAUCGGCGUUGGCGAAGAUGACAUUGAAAUUCUACCACAUUAACGAUCUUGACUUUAACAUCAUCAUGAAACGCGGUAAGUCUUCGAUGUUUAGGGAAACAAAAGCAUCCGUCACUGGACAGAAAUUGAAGUCAUUUAACAGCUACAAACAGUCGGGCGAGAACUGGGGCAGCAACCGCGGAGAUUUUUGCUCUUUUUCGUCACCGCGCAAAAUCGGAACGCCUUCGGUCGCGAUUAAGCCCUACAUCUAAGACUACAUUGUCUGUAUACAUGUCAAGCUGAGAAAUAGCUUUGUACAGUAACUGUAUCAUUCCCUCGAUGUGAUAUGAACUGUCUAUAUAUUAAUGUACAGGAGAAAUAUCAAUGAAUAUUCAAGAUUUAUAUUUAUAAUUGAACAAUUGUUUAAAUUGUUGUACAUAAGAGCCAUUUUAUGACAGGCUUAAUAUAUAAUUUUAAGUUAAUAAAUUUACUCUCUGGUAAGUAAUUAUUGACAUAGUAUAAAGGAAAAACCUUGUGUAGAGAUCACGUUUAUAAAUCCAAAUGUACCUAUAUCCAAAUUUAAGUUAAAAAUUGUACUUGACGUUUUCACGAAACUAAGAAUAAAUGAAAGUUUCUUACCUAUUAUAGUUUAGGCUUGUAAAAUAGAUGCUGUAUUUAUGCUUAGAAUUAAAAAAAAACUCGUACAAAUAAGUAGCUUGAAUAUUUUGUUUCCUUAUAGAAGGUCACUCUGAAUGAAAAAGGGAAAAAUCCCAAUUUUUGGCGUGUUUUCUAGAUGUGAAAUAGGAUGCGUCAAAUAAAGUUAACUCUUAUAAAAUUUGAAUUGAAAUUCAAUUAUUAUAUGCACUAAUGACACACGCAAGAGUAUUGAGAUAUUGGAUACGGAUGAGAAAUUAGCUAAAAAAAUUUAGGGUGUGACCAGUUCAUCAAGUUUUAAUUACCCAUUAUAUUAUUAUAUUCCUGCGUGAAGGAAAAUUCUUUUUACUAAUUGUGAAACAUUUUAUAUCAACUUGAAUAACCAUCAGCGCAGGAGUGUUGAACUUGGUUACCGCCUGUUUUCAGGGACUUCUUUUCGUGGCCAGAAAAGGACAUUAUACAAUAAUUUAGCUUGAACAUAAAAGUUUCCGUGUUCAGGACGAGAUAAUCACACAUGAAGCAACCGAAGGAUGUCACAUGCAGGAACCUCCUACCAGGACUGAGUUCCGAGAGGUUGUCAAUAAAUUUACUUUGGAUUUGGGAGCAGUAAAAAUGUUAAUUUUUUAGGUAAUUUCUUCUAUAUUCCUGAAGAAGGGACAGCUUAUUGUUUGUAUUCAGUUCCUGUCUUACUUAAAAAAUUGAAAAUUAUAUUGAGUAAAGGUUAUUUUAUUUCUCCAUGUUCUAGAGAAAUCUCAUAUUCUCAAUUCGAAAAUUGUUUGAGCAAGAGAAUUGUGCUGAACGAAAAUGCCCAAUUAGUCUCCGACAUUCUCCAAUUUAAAAACCAAAGAGACGGAUCGAAAUUAGAAUGCAACCAAAAAAAGUGCAACAACUUACGGGCACCUGUGUUUAAGAGGAAGCCUACUUUAAUAAUAAUGCCCGCAUGAGGUUAAUUACAAUCUGAAGGAGUAUAGGGUUCAGAGGUUCAAUUAAACUAUAAAGCUUACCAACUUGAUAGUAGUGACUGUAGUUUAUUAUUUCUGCAAUUGCUGUUUAUAUUUUUGCUGCAA